AUGGUCCAUCCAAUCGAUCGGUUAAUUCAGUUAUAUCGCAAAGAAUCCGUGCCAACAGUUGUUCCCACAAAGUCCAAGCUACAUUACCAAUCUAUUUCGCUUUAUCUAUUUGUGUUUAGUGUUGGGAUAUACGUAUUAUUACCAUCUUUAAUUCCUUCAGCAUACCCAACCACCAUGUUUUCCAAAAGACCAGACAGAUUGACCACGGGGUUGAUCAACAUGACCACAGAUUGCUUUGCCAACUGUUGCCUACAGGCGUUGGCUGCGUUGCCUGGGUUGAACGAAUAUCUGAACGCCAUGACAGAAUUCCGCAAUGCCAAGCAACAGGAAGGCGUGCAGUUGCCAGCGUUCACUUUGCACCUGGCUCUGAUCAGCAUGGUGUCCAAAUUGCAGGAGACCAUUUACCACUCGCGAGUGUUGUCCGUUUGGGACUUUCUCCAUGUUAUCGAAAAGAUUUACAAGAGCAAGAUCUCCAUGAGCCAGCACGACGCCCAGGAGCUUUUGCAGCUCAUUCUCGAGACCCUUGAGCGUGAGCACCAUCAGUUGCGCAAAGUUGCUGCGGGUAUUCCCGAUUUCCCCUUCAGAAGUGAGGUUGCCUCCCAACUUCGGUGCAUGAAGUGCGGGCGUAAGAGCUCCACUCAGUACAAUCCGAUGAUGAUAGUGUCGCUGCCUGUUCCGCAGGAGGCGUCUAUCGAUCUCGAGAGCAUGCUGAAGGGAAGCGAGAACGACAUCAUCGACUACUACUCGUGCGUCAGAUGUAAGAUCACCCAUAUCAUCAACACGGUCAAGGAGCCAGAUCCAAUAGUCAAGAAGUUGCAACACAGACUAGACCAGGACCUGUUGAUCAACGACGACCUCGAACCGGAAUUAGAAGAGUAUAUCAAGAACUUCCCCGACAUCAAGUCCGACUCCAUCAAGACCACCGUCCACAAGGAAACGUCCAUCAUCGACCCUCCAAAACUGCUCACGCUGCACCUUUCGAGAUCCAUCUACGAUACGCAGGCCAGGCGGAACUCUUGCAAUGUCGACUUCAAGGAGUUUCUCACUCUGAAGGUGGACACUGCCGAGAUGGACAAGUACAAAGUGAUCAAGAAGGAGGAGGAGGAAAGAAGCGACGACGACCCACCUCAGCUGAGACGGGCGAUCUCGUCGAUCUUGGAGGAGAAACCGGGGUCCGAGUAUUUAGAAGACUCCGGAGUCCACUCCGACCACGAGGAAGAACAGGAGAACGAGGAGCUUGUUUCGGACGAAGAAGAGUUGGAGGACGAGGACGACGAUGAGGACGACGUGGCCUCUAGGCUCGCGGCACAGAGAAUCAGCGAAACCACCUCCGACACCCUUGUGAACGACGACCUCAAGACUAUUCAUUACCGGCUGUAUGCCGCGGUUAGGCACCAGGGGUCCCAUUCGUUGGGCCACUACGAGUGCUACCGCAGAAAACCCGUCUUUUACAAAAACUCCGUCACCGGCGAGUACUACCAGAAGUUCCCCAAGCUCGACACAGAGGAAGCCACCGCUGGCGAAGGGCCGGCCGUGGAUAUCCGCAGACAAACGUCGAUGUCGCGUUUGCGGUCGCGUGUGUCGUCGCUGGUUGGAGCCACCAGACCUCGCUCGCCAUCGCUUGUGGAGCCGGCCCCAACCUCGGUGAUCCGGGACAAGAAGCUGGCCAGUUCGGUGAAACAACCGUUCUGGCGUGUGAACGACUCCAAGGUGUCUGAGUGCUCGGUGUCUGACCUGCUGGAAGACUCCCGCGCCGUGCUUCCAGAAACGUCCAGAGUACUCGGAGUACACCAACUCCGCGUCCUCAGGAUAGGUCUCUUCCUUGGCCAGGUUCUCGGAACCAGACUUUUGGAGCUCGGUGUUGGAAACCUGGAUCAAUCUGUUGAACUCUUCAAGCUUCUCGCCGCCCUGGUUCUUUUGGAACUCGGCAAUCGACUCAGAGUUCUCCUGCACCCAUUCCAGGUACUUGGUGUGGUCAAACACAGACUCAGACAUCUCCACCUUGAAGUGUCCGUGUUGAGCGUCCUCAGAGAACUUGUCGAGGUCUUCCUCGGAAACAGGAUAGAACUCGACCUGGUCGAACGGAGUCAGCAACCAUGGGUUACCAGAGUUGGACUCGGCAGUGUGCGUUCCCAAGGAAAGCUUGUCCCACAGAGGCAGCGUUCUUCCAACAAGUUGGUAGCCACCAGGAGAGUCCAUGGUGUAGAUACACAUGUACAUUCCUCCGAUACCAACAACUCCGUUAGGAGUGAAGGUUCUGGACGGGUUGUACUUGGUUCCCAGGAAUCUGUGUCUUGGGUCCAAUGGCACGGCACAUGGUGCUCCCAAGAAAACGUCUCCCAGACCCAAAACCAGGAAUCUGGCAGCAUACAACAUGUCCUUCACGGCAGAUCUCUCGAUGCCGUUGAUCUGAGCAAUGAAGUCCACGUUGUUAGGAAGCUUUAUCACACGGCUCUUGACAGACCACUUGUUGGUGAAAGCAACCUCGGUCUCAUAAGCGAUCAAAGUUUCCACCAAAGUUUUUUGGCUGAUCUUGGAUCCAUCGUAUUCCACCAAAACAGAUCUCACACCUUGCGACAUCUCGACAAUUCCAACGGUCUUGUGCGAGUCAACCAUCUCAAUCAGCUUGUGCACUCUGUACGACAGGUUGAGGUUCAUAAUGUUCUCACCGUAUUCGACCAAGAUGUAUCUGUCACCAGCCUGUCUAUAGGUGACAAUAGGAGCGUUCGAGGAGCCGGUUGGCUGGUAUCUGGCCAAAACAGGGUCUUCUGGUCCAGCCAGUCCUUUCUCGAUGACUGGAGCAGAACCCUUGAGUUCCUUGAUGGCCUUGUCCUGGGAAGUCUUGAGCUCAAUAGCAGAGUCAAAGCUAACAGGAUAGAACUGGAUUAG